AUGAGCGCAGCUACGAUCAAAAAGAAAAUUAUCGAACAUAUAUCAAGCAACGAGAACAUUUAUAAAGGCAACGAAGAAACACAACGAUAUUGGGCUAUCAGUCGCGCAUUAAAUACCAGCAUUCUUAUGUUUCGCAGUGACUUUCUUAGUCCAUUUCUUUAUAAAGCUGAAAACGCUACAUCGAUAUGUUAUAUCGGUUAUGUUGUCUCUCAGGUUUACCUCGUUCUUGAACCACUCUCUCGUCACACUUACUACAACGUUGACGAAUUCGAACAAAUACCACCAGUCGAGAGUGAUACAAUGCAAUCUGGCCUAUCAUGUGAAGAGCCUACAAGCAUGAGAAAACUAAAGGACUCUAUAUGGACAGAAGUAGACAAACGAAAUCUAAAUGACAGUUUUGAAGAGUUCAAAAGACAAACUCGUAAAGAACAUGAAGCUAACCAAGCUAUUCGAAAUCCUUAUUACUUGAUUUUCGAGGCAGAUCAUUUAAUUACGAAAUACUGUUCGUUUAUUCAUCGAAUAAAAACGAUACCCAACUUUGUUCCAUUCAUCGAUCAUCUCGACCAUGUCAUAGUUCAAGCUGUAAAUCUUUUGAAAAGAGCUGUUGAACUCGACUCUGUUUUUGCAUUCACUGCCUUGCCCAAUCUUGCUUACUUCACGAUAGUUCAGUAUAAACUGUCGGAGACGUACAAAUCGACAGCAAAAUCUUUUUUAAUGGAAGCACAAAAACAAAUCGAACAACAUAUAGUUCCAUCACUGAUUUUCAUGAAGGCUUCAUCAUAUAAUGAAAACGAUGAUAACAUUCAUGAAGAUUUCUCCAAACAAGUGGAAGCGAAACUCAUGGUCAUCAGCUCGUAUAGCACGUCUAUUGACCAAGCGAUAUCAAAUAUUGAGAAUUCACAGAAAUUAAUGGAUUUUUCUUCGAAAUGCAACCAAACAAUAAAAACUGCCGAAAAAUUAUAUCGUAAAAAACCCACCGAGUUCAUUUGUGAAAAUUGUAGAGAAAUUAAACUAACUUUUCACAGUUUGACCGUGGUGGACGACGUUAUCAAAACUGAUCAAGCAUUAGAAUUACUCAAGCUGGUACCAUCAGACUAUUGGCACGUAUCAGUUGAAUAUUCUUAUAUGGAUAAGACCAAGCUGGAAGCAUUGAGUUCAAAUAUACCAUCGUGCCGUGAGUAUCAGAAUAACCGACUCGAUCCAAAUGUGGAAUCGAAACAAAUGAGAUUGAUAACAUCGAUGAAUAUUGAAAGCAAUGCUCAGCUAUCGGACUCCUCAAUGAUGUCCACUCGAUUAUAUGUUGAUACUAUGGUGGAAAUGGUGGAACGUCUUCCCGACGAACAGUCAUUCUCUUGCUAUUUUGAGAACUUAUCACCGGAGAAAGCUCGUCAUUUACUUCAGAAAAAUACCGAUCGAAACUUUGUUCUGCACUUUCAUCAGUUGACACAUACACAAGCUUUGAAAAUUCUUGAUAAAUUUGAUCGAAAUGAGCAAAAUAUCAAUGCAAGUUUUAAAUCUGUGACUGAGUAUCAUUUUCAAAGCAAUCGUUUGACCGAAGAAGAACUCCACGAAUAUGCGGGAAUGGGUAUCAGUCGUUUUCUUCUCGUCGAAGAACUUCAACCACGUCCGAUCAUCGCUUCUGCAAUCGUCGUAACUCUUGGUGUUGCUCAAGUUGUUACUGGCGCGUGUCUAAUUGCUCUAACAAAUGGAAUAGGUGUAACUUUAGGUACAUCACUGAUUGGCGAGGGUAUAAGUGAUAUUUUCUUUGUUCUGCAAAGUGUUUGGUCCCGGAAUUUAUCUUUGAAACAAUAUAGCAUUCAAAAAGGCAUAAGUCUUCUCUUGAGUUUUUCUUCACUUGGAUUCUCAACUGUUACUCAAGCGGUAUCCAUUGCUCGAACGAAUGCGAAUUUUGGUUCGCGCUUCUUUGGACAGACAAUGAAAGAAACUGUGAACAUUUUCAAAAGUAGUUUCACAGCCAUUGGUACUACCGUUGCUCCUGCAGCGACAGGACUUUCGUUGACACUGGGAUGUAAACAACUGAUGACUUUGGGGAAACUAGUGGCCAAACAACCUGUAGCUAAUCUUCUAUCAAAAGCUUCAGAUUCACUAAAGCCUUUCAUCCAAGCAAAAAUGAUCGAAAUCGUCAAUAAACAGCUAGACAACAUCGCAUUUAUUAGUACCUUAAAUAAAGCUCUGAUUGCCGAUAUGUACUAUGAAACGAAUCGAUAUCAAAAGGAAAUCGAAAAUGUCAUUUCUGACGUUCUAAAAAAGCAAGCAAACAUUUGCGCAAACAAACGAGUACUUGUAAAUAUUCUCCGCACAAUUGCGCCUAAAUUGCUUAAAGCAGCUGCCAAACUAUCAGGAAUAUUGAGUAAGGCGCACAAUGUCUCCGACGAAAUCUUGUUAUGCGCAAUUGGAGCAUUAGGUUCAGCUGUAUGCGAGUUCGGGAAAGCCUAUGAAUUUAAUGUAGAGAUGCAAAACUUAUUUUCGACAUUCUUUGAGCAAUGCACCACGCUGCAAAUACCGACCUUCAUGGAACUUCUUCACCAUCGUUCGGGGUACUUAAUUUCUGAAAGCACAGCCACUGAAAUUUAUGAAGAACUAUUGAAACACAAAAUUGUUCAUUCUGAUUACGGCACGGGUGCUCUGUAUGAUCGACAGAACUCGGACAGCGAUUUUAGUGGACAAAUUAGCAGCUGUUCUCGUUCAAUGGUUCAAACUUCUGCAAACCAUUUGACAGAAUUCAUCAAGAAACUCGAACACAUCGAUGAGGAUCAAAAGCCGCACGUGCUGCACAUCGUUCGAAUCUUAAGCAAAGCGAAUCACAGUCUCUUUAAGAAAAAAUUUCGUCAGAAAGUCGUCGAUUUAUUCGUUGAACACAUUGUUAAGGAUUUGUACGGUGAAAUUAUUCAACCACUGAUCAAACAGAUUGUCAAGCGAGCAACUUAUUUUUUAGCAGACCAGCUCGACGAUGAAUGUGACGCAAAGGAUAAAUCAAUGAAAUAUCGAAAAACUCCCAAGAACAAAACAAAUCAUCGAGAUUCAUUCCAUAAUGACAUGAUUGAGAAAUUUCAUGAAUUGAUUGGAAAUGGCAAUUUAGUCAAUCUUCUCGGUAUCCUUGCUGCUCUACAAAAUCAACCGAUUUCGAUUGUACAAAAACAGAUCGAAAAUGGUUCAAUUCAAAAUAUAGAAUCCAAAUGCGAAGCAUUUGUUCUGACGAAUCCGCGAUAUAUGGAAGGUAUUAGAUCGAUUAUUUAUUAUAAUUAUGCGUGUCGAAAGGUAACUGCACGAGAAAAUUUAUCAUCGACGGAUCAUUUCUAUUUUCCAUAUGAAAAAUAUGACGCAUUCCAAAGGAAUAUGAAAGAUCUUGUCCAACAAAAGACUGACCGAUCGAUAAUCCUGAGUCACUGGUUAACAUCAAAUUCUCUUCAUUUUGAUAUCGAAACGACAACAUUUGCUCUUUUGUAUCCACAAAUGAAAUUUUUAGAACGAACCGGUUUCAAAUUAAAUUCGAUCCGCUUAUGUAAAAGGAUGCCUAGUGAUGCUGGCCAGAGAGUCGUUUGCUUCGUCUAUUGUUCGUAUGAAGGUGUCGAUCGAAUGCAACGCUUGGAAGAAUAUGCCAACAAUAUGCUGUCUAUAUUGAAUUCAAAUGACAACAUUCGAGAAGACAUAGUCGCUGACUCGCCGAUUGUGAUUGUAAACAUGUGUCUGGAUAAAUAUUUUCAUUAUAUGUUGAUGAAGAAAGAAAUAAUCAUAACCGAUGCUUAUGAUGAAAUCGAAAUACUAUUAUUUGCACCAACCUCAAAGAAUAUUCACCUACAAACUAUUCCAGCGACUGCAACAUCAUCAAUCUUAGGAAAUAUUUUGUUUAAGAUGUGCCAUCUUCUCAACAGCGACACUUGA